AUGAGCACUAGUAGAUAUGUGGCCAAAAAGCUUCAGCCAUUUAUCACAUCCAGGGCAGAACUGACUUAGUAAUUUGAAAAAUUGGAGAAGGAGUAGAAGGAGGAGGAAAGACUUAAUGAUUUAUACUUCGAUCAAUUGGGAAGAAUGGAAAAAGAAUAUGACACUCUUGCCCGCAUUUUAGAUGAUUAUGGGAAGAAAACAGCUUCUAAAUAGAAUGGAGAUAGUGAUUAAGAUUAAAAUUUAGAUUCUCGGAUUGAAAAAGCAGUUAUUGAGACUUUGGGUUUGUACUUGCUAGCGGGAAGUCGAAAAGAAUAAUUAGAAGCAUUAUAAGAAAGAGAAAUGGCUAAAAAAUAAUCUGCCUUGAAUCUCACUCUUGCGAAGACUGCCUUAAACGAUUAAAAAUAUUUAGACGAUAGUAAUGAAUUAAAUGAAGAGGAAUAUGGUUACUAUGUAACGUUGAAAUCUGAAGAUGCUUGUAUGCAAGUAAAAAUACCUGCGACAAUUAAAACUUUUAAAGAACUGAAGUAGAUCAUCAAAUCUUGUUUCAUGCUUGAAGAAAAUUAAAUAUUUUGCACAGAUCAUAUGGGCAAUCUGUUCUAAGAUAACAUGAUUUUGUUGGAUCAAAUUUAUCCUCCUCUUUACGAUUUAAUGAAAAAUUAUCAACCCAUGGUAGGAAUCCAAGUAGUUAAGUAAGUUAAACACAAAGAACUUAUUCAGAGUGGUGAUGAAAGUUUGAUGUCUGAUGAUGGAGCAAGAUUUUUCAUUACAAGAUAUAAAACAGCCAAACCUGCUUAAAAAAAAAUCAAUUGGAGUUAAUAUCUAGAGUAUUUAAACAAUUUUAAAUAUUUUAUUGAAACAGUUUUGUUUCUCAUAGUUCUGGGAUUAUUUUUAGUUGUUCAAAUUGAUUAGGUUAAAUUUACUACAAGUUCAUCUGUUAUCACUUCAUUUGGUAAACAAAUGUAGAUUUCUAAAUCCCUUAUAUCGCCAAUCAAAAACAUUUCACAGCUUAUAAAUCAAACGCUUUCAUACAACAAUGAUAAUCAUUAAUAUCCUUCCUAUCCUUUAAUAACUGGGUUGCUAAUCUAAACAUUAGUUAAACAAGAAAAAUUUGAAGAUUGUUCUAUUUUGAAUAACAAAUAGAAAUAAAUGUUUAUUGAUAAAAAUUAAAGUUGUUUAGAUUUUUCCACUGUUCUGAUGGAUAAUUUGACAGAAGAUUACGAAUUCAACAAGUUUGAUCCAUCUGUGUACAACCAACAAUUUGGAGGAUAUGUGUGGGAGUUGAAUUUAGCAUCCAAAGAGGAUUUCAAUUAAAAUAUUGAAUCACUCUUUGAAAAGAAUUGGAUUAAAUAUAAUAUUAAGUAAUCUUAAUUCAUUUUAAAUUAUUUCAACUCUCCCACCAAAAGGCUAAUUUAAGUGGUUAUUACAACAAUUUACUUGUUUAAUGAUAUGCUAUUAAAUUUUAACACAAUUGCCUUAGAUUCAUUUGAUCUUAACAAGCCUUCAGAAACUGAAGAAUUUUACGAUUCAAUCCUAUUUUAUUUAUCCAUCCUCCUCUUGUCUUCAUCAUUUCUAGAUUUCUUUUCCAUAUAUUUAAACACAUCAAAGAACCCUUUUAUUCUGUUGUAUUAAACUUAUACUGAACUAAAAAACAAAUAAAAAAAGUUAUAAUCCAAAAAAAAAGAAUUAUCAAACUUAGAAGAACAAGAUUUGCAGUAGAAAGAACUAAUUAUUGGAGAUUAUUUCAUCCUUAAAGUAUCUGUGGUUUAUAUUGUGAUUAAGAUUCCUUUGAUAUUUGACUUUGUUUAUAUACUAUCAAAUAUUGCCAUAUUAAUUAGAGGAUCGAUUUAAUAGAGUUAUUAGGAUGCGCUAGAUGAUAUUUAAAUAAAUUCAACAGAAUUUUAGGAUGCGUCUUAAUUAAUUGUUCCAGCAUUUUUGUUGAGAAUCUUUACAGGAAUUUUAGUAAUAUUUUUGAUGGCUUCAAUAAUUCGAUUCUUAGGUAAUUGGAGUCCCUAUCUCAAAUGUUAUGGAUUAGUGAUGAUAAGAUUCAAUAAAUAAUCUUCAUUUUUAUUAUUAGUUCUCAUAUUUAUUAUUAGUAUCAGUGCUAUGUCAUGGUCUAUAACAAUUCAAGGAAAGUUAAUAGGAUAGGAUAAUUUCUUCUAUGAUUUCCUUGGCUUAUUACGUUGCACAUUAAAAUACGGAAUGCAUAAUGACCUAGAAGAUUAAGGACUAGAAAAUAAUUAUUAAAAAGAAAUUAGUUAUUCUUUUGAUACUAGAUAUGUAUUUAAGAUCUUUAAAAUUAAGCUAUAAUAUUUGAUAGUUUUAGUUAUAACUUUUAUCAUGAUUCCAAUAUUCAUCUCCCUAAUGACAUAGCAAGUGCACAAUACUAAACUAGAAGCAAAACAAAAAAUGAUUGAGAUGGAGAAGGAGAAGAAAGAAGAAAAGUAAAAAAAAAAAUGA